CCGGAGAGUUAAUAUAGCCGAACUCUCUCGAACACUCGCAACUAUGGUUCUCGCAGCCAAGCAGCGCAUGCCAUCGAGCCAGCGCAGCCCGACCCUUUCAGAUGCUGGCAUGAUCCUGCCGGGCUUCGAGGCUGACCAGGCUCGCAGCACGUCGCCUGUCUUCGAGCGCCCGCCUUCCGUGUCUGCUCUGUAUGAUGCAUAUCAGAGCCACAAACUAGGUUUCCCGCCCCAGAGCCGGCGCCACGCUUCGCAACAAAAGCAGUCACCUCCACUCUCAGCACAGUCCUCGCGCUCGACAUUGCGCGACAUGGGCGACUCAGGAGCCAAUGCUAAAAGGUCGCCUCCGGGCAUCGACGUGCUCGCGUCUUCGCCUACCAUUGACGCCAGUGGCCUCAAGAGCUAUCCCGCUGGCAGCUGGGAGGAGCAGGAGCAGCGCCGACUCAGCACUGCAAGCUCGAUGCUGAGCGAGGACUUCGAGAAUUGGCCUGGGUUUGACAGCCACGAGAACUUCGAUGACAGUGGUGUGGACCUCGAGGAACAGGAAAAGCGCGAUCGAGUACCCCGCAGCCUUACCAAAGACGGCGACGACAUGGAGAACGAGCAAUGGAUGAACGGGCGGACGAGUGGUAGCGACGAGGACGACAUAGAUGACCUUCAGUCCUCGGCAGCACUAAGCAGGAGAGCUGAACUAAUUCUGGCCAAUGCGAAGAAGCGACUUAAUGUUAUGGAAGGUAACCUCAGAGGAGCUAGAGAGUCGCUGGUUGUGUCUCCUACCUACAACCCAGUGAGAAGCACGUCUGAGCUGUCACAGCACAUUGUAUCUACGCGAGAACGGGACCGGAGACUUUACGCUGGCAUUGGACCGAUUCCCCCCCGGACACCCUCAUACCACCGCAACUCGCUUCUCUACUCGAACAAUAACAACAGUCCGGGCCACGCACGGGGUGCGAGUGAGACAUCUAUACCACUGCCUUUUACGCCGUCUUACACAUCGAAGAUGAGUACGAGCAAGCGAGCAUCGAGUGCAAUGGGAGCCACAAGCGGGCCAUGGUCUCCAGAGGGGUUUGGCCACGGUCGAUUUCCUAUCAAAGAGUCGCGCAGUCACGAGGUUAUGCGCGAUCCACGAAACACCUGGAAUUCUACCGACUACCAGACUCCCCGAAGAUCAACUUCGAGAAGCUCAAGAUCACCAUCUGCCCUGGAAACAUUACGCGAGGAUGACAACGGACACACGCUGCAGAGAUCCGCUUCCGCGACCAGUGGACUUCGCGACCAAAUGAAUGACUUGAAGGGCAGAAUAUCUAGUCUCAAGCAAAGAGCGCAAGAGGACCAUAUGCGACGUCGAAGUCUUCAAAGUCUGCGUACGCCGAGUUCGUUUACUUCGUCUGAGGUGUGGUACCAUGGGAAGGAUGGCUACCAAGCUGGCGUAUCGCCGGUUACUCAGAACGCAGGAUUGGGUAUCAAGGCCGAGUCUCCAACAAGGAAAUUAUUGUAUGAAGACGGUGACUCGCCUACAACGACUUUCUCGCAACGACAAGGAGAAAGAAUGCUUGUUUCAAGAGAUCGCAGUCCGAAGGGAUUGGGCAUUCAGCAAGCAGGCGUCAACCCACCAAGCACGAUCGACGAGGUCACAGAAAGGUCAGAAUCGACGCAUGGAAUUGAGGAUGCGGACGAAAAUGACUUCGUCUCUGUGAACAGGGACGACCUAGGGCCCGGAGGCAAUAGCGUGUACGAGGACGCUGUCUACGAAAUGCCCGCUACCGAACGACACGAGGAUCGCGUCGAUGCAUUUGACUACGAGCACUUCUUCCUGCACAGCGCCAUGGGAACAUACAGCCUCGAAGACCGCCGAUCAAGCACGAGCUCCAACAGCUCCACCGCGACCACCCGACCCGUAACCGCCAUGCAGACCAGCGAAGAUCUCAGUAACGCAGAAAAGCGCAUCUCGAUGCACCAGAGAAACCCCAGUGUAGACUCCGUCUCGACCGUUGCUACCUUUGCUACAGCUGCCUCACACCAGUCUGACGACGACGAUGACGAAAACGAACAAAUGGACCAGUUCUCUCAGCAGAUCAUCUCCCAUAAUCAACAUAUUGCCGCUCAACGCCCAUCUCUUGUAUCCCUCCGCUCCGACUCCGCCAUCAACAUGCGCCGCGGCAACGGCAUCUCUCCCACGCAGACCGCGAUCUCUCGUGGAUCGUCGCGCACCUCUUCAUCUUCAGGUUCUCUGGCCAGCGGACUGCAGACGAGCAAGAUCUACUCGAUUCUUACGGAGAGUCAGAGCAAUGAGCCGCGUUUGGUGCUGGGUGAGGAAGAGAAGCAGUUAAUCUACGGUCUGGCUGCCAGCUUCCAGAGCGUCUGCGCGAACCUGCAGAACACGUAUGGAGAGCAGCACGACCGCAAGGCGUGGCGCCAGCGCCUCGACGACGCACGCAGAAUUCUAGCAGGAGAGGAGAUCGAGGACUGGUCGUCCUUCUGAACGAUGACCGACACCACGUAUACAUAAUGUGUAUUAGUACCACUGACCAGCGUUGCAGCGUUGCUUCUCUGUACGAUCUAGAGACCAUGAUCUCACUAUACGACGUCGACACCUACGUAUAUUCCCUACUACAUUCAACGACCACCAUGAGCUCCACGCCAUAGUACCUAUCAGCAUUUACUCUAAUCAGCCUCGGCUUUGUUUCUGUUUAAUUUUGUAUCACUUCUUUUCGACUUGGGAGCACAUUUACUAGACAUUGUAUUGAUACCCUGGAGGACGGUGGAGAUGGGC